AUGUUGGGCGGUUUCUUCGGGCUCCUCACCCGGACCUCGUCUUCCCUUCAAAUCUUAUUGGCUUUACCCAUGACCCUUGAUCUCUUAGUAGGAACACCCAGUUUUCUCCUUCUAUCCCUUCUCUUCGUCACAUACCAGACCCUUCUCUCUACACUACGUCUAACUCCGAUAUCUAUACUAUCUUCAUUCCUCUCCGUCUUCUCACCACUCAUCACUUCCUCCUUGAUCCUUCUCACACUUUACUUCUACCUUCAUCCACCUUCCGUCCCCACGUCCACCUUGUCCAUAGCUCCUCUUCAUUGGCUGGUCAAUGUCCUGCCAUUAGUCUAUGCCAGUGUGCUGCGAUGGCUCGCACCACUGUUCACGUUGGUGGAAGGUGUGUGUGCUUUGUUAGUCAUUCAACUUGCUGGACGAGCGGGGAAGGGAUGGACUGAAGAGGAGGAUUAUGAAGGAUCGAGAUGGAGGAGUAUCCUUGGUGUCAUAGCGGCUGUGGGGAUAUAUUCGGGAGGGAUAUGGGGUGUUAUCAAGAUCUUUCCCUCCACGGCCGAAGACGCUUUAUCAGUUUUCUUCCUAGGCGCUGCACUCACUGCCGUAUUCUUUCUCUCUGUUAUCGGGUUCGCUCUUCGGCGCACGAACGUACUAGAGACUUCGAUGGUGUUCGUUUAUGUUGUCUACUCAGCGUGGCUGAGCGGCGUGGAAUCCUCAGCAGAAACAAGGGCCUUCGGGUCCGGUUGGUUGCCCUCUUCAGUCAUACCUUCUUGGGUCACCACCAGCCCUCUUACAGCUAUGAGAUAUCCUACUGUCUCUUCACUCGCUUCAAGAGCGUUGAGAGGCGCUUCGGGAUCUUUCUUCUCUGUUCUUACUUCUUUACCCUUUCAUCAAACUUUAUCCUUGGGAUUUCGAUUGGGAGUCUUGUGGAUGGCAGGGAAGAUCUUACCUGUUAUAAGGGAUGAUAGUGCUUGGGAAAAGGAUGAUGAUUUGGAAGAUGAGCCCACGAUGAGAUUAUCCACCAUCUUCCUCAGCUAUAGAUAUACAGUUUUAACAGCUGCAUACACUCAACAACUCUUGCUCGACGGAGGACAAGCAUGGUCAAGAUGGGCAAAUAUAGUCCUCUUUUUAUCUGUUUGGUCAUUAGAGAUCAUGCUUGAUGCCGAUGAUGAAGAUGGAUCUCGAUUCAAGAUUGAAUAA